AAAAUCAUGACUUCCUAGCCUCCAAAACGUGUAGGGCGCCGUACGCGCUGCUCGAUGACCUGUGUCGUGGCCUUUUUACGCCAGCUGUUGCUAGAGUCUGCGCCUUUGCGCGGCUUCGCCGCGCGGGGUGGUGGUGCUGAAGUACGGCGAGAGUUGGCGCAUGGCCAAAAUAUUUGUCAGUCGACAAACAAGUCGACUACGGCGGUUCAUCGUCGGUGCCGCUGUGAGGAAUACAAUGGCAAUCAGAGCUGUGCUCCUGCUGUUUUUCUGCGUCGCGUUGGUGCGGCUUGCGUCUACAGUGUACGUGACAAGACCUCAAGACGAUGUUGGCUACUUCUGGCAUGUGACUGACUUCCAUGUGGACAAGGACUACACGACAAGAGGAAGUCGUGACCAGGCAUGCCACCUUGUCGCCAACCAUACUAUCUUGGAUGACAUUGGGGCGUAUGGUGACUUCCUUUGUGAUGCUCCAAAACUGCUGGCUCAGUCGGCCGUUGAGGCCAUGGAACGGAUACAUCCUUCAACAGAUUUUGUGCUGUGGACAGGUGACAACCUGCCUCACGUGAGCGGCGUCACUUGGGCCGACAUGUACAACGAGACACGCUACAUCGGAGAGCUCCUGUGGCACUGGGUACAGCGACACAAGUCAUUCGUUGUGCCCACCUUGGGGAACCAUGACUGGGUUCCGGCAAACGCUAUGGAGGCUAAGAACAAUACCCUCUACCGAGCCUUCCUUACCCAUGGUGGCUUCAACCAGUUGCUCCCAGAGGAUGCCUGGGCAACAUUUGAACAAGGCGGCUACUACAGCCGACAGCUGUCCAACAAAAUCCGGCUGGUGUGCCUCAACUCGGUCCUGUGGUACUCGUCAAACAAGGGGGAGCGACCGGGACCCAGUGACCCCCAGAUGGCCUGGCUGCGAGACCAACUGCACGACGCUCAUCAACAAGGACAAAAGGUAUUCAUAUCGGGUCACGUUGGACCGGGCUACUACAGCCGCUCCCUUGUUGGUCAGCCUGCGUCCAUGGUCUUCUUUGAGGACAUCAACGAGAGGUACCAGGACCUGAUCGCUCAGUACAAGGACAUUGUGGCUGGGCAGUUCUUUGGCCACCAGCACAUGAAUGCUUUUGUCAUCAUUUCAGACAAGAAUGGCUCGCCGGUCAGCUCGAUGCAUCUGGGUGGGUCAGUGACUCCAUGGGGCAGUAAGGAUCCUGUCUACCGCACUCUCUCCGAGCCCACAAACCCCUGCGUGCGACUGUACACGUAUCGCCGAUCUACUGGAGAACUUCUUGACUACAGCGUCUACUAUCUCGACCUGGACAAGGCCAAUGCAGCUGCUGCUUCUCAGCAACAGGCCGAGUGGGAGUUCCUGUACUCGGCUAGCAAGGAGUUUGGGCAGCGGGAUCUCAGCACGGCAUCUAUGGUGGAGUUGGCGCACCGACUUACCACCUCGCCAGAACUACUCUCUCGGUACAUCAACCUCAGCUCAGCACUCAAGGACACCAGCCCGUGCGAUGCCACCUGCCGUCAGACAAUGCUCUGCGCCAUUCUGGGAUCCCGCCAUGAUUCGCACACUGCCUGCCUUUCCCAGGAAAGCAAAGUUCACACUCUUGCCGUGCAGACGGAUGACCAUGGCAGGAGCACCACAACUGUUCGUGACGUGCUUGUCGGCCUGUCGGUGUCUAUUGUAAUUGUGGCAGGCAUCGUGCUUGUGGUGCGUGCCAAAAGGGCACGCAUGAUGCAGGGACCACGCUACGGACGCUUCAGGUGAUGCGUACGCAGCAGUAGACUGUUGAGGUUUGUGUUUUGUUGUUACCGCGCCUGUUGGAAGCCUUCAAAGUUGCACUCCUAUUGCUGCUGACAUCGCGGCUUCUGAUCAAGUUUGCCUGUGUCUUGGUCAUUUAAAACAUCCGUGUUGGAUUCAUUGCUACAUUUGUGCUGGACAUUUAUUAGCUAAGGUCUUUUCCUUGGCACGUUGGCAGUAUGCUACUCUUUUUUAGAUGGGAUAUUGUGGUGCACUGGUAUGUUGCAAAUGCUUGUGUGUGUACUAGCUGAAGGGAAGUGAACCUUCUGGAACUGUGAUCAAGCGAAGAGUGAUAUGAUAUUGGCUCACCUUUGCCAGCUUACUUGCCAACAUUGUAGUUGAAAGGCAUGCAGACAUUUUAAUUCACAUUUAUUAUGGCUGCAUUUUUUGGGGACAAUUUCUGGAGUGAUGUUUUGAUUUCAUGAUAUAUUUUUCUAGAUUAGUAGCAUGUGGUUGUGUGCUUUGUACAGCCUGGCUACUUAAGAAUAAUGUUUGCAAAUCCCAGCAUCCACGACCAGCUUAUUAUUAUUAUUAUUAUUAUUAUUUUAUUAUUGACCUUUGUUUUGAGAAUUCAGUAACUAGAAAAUUAUGUGUAAAAGGACAAAAGUAUAGAAGUAAGGUUAUUGCAAAGAAAAAUUCAAGCAGUAUAGUAUGUAUAUUAAGAUCUUGCUAUAACGAAGGAGGCCGUAUUAACGAACAUUGGAAAAGUUUCUAGUGGAAAGCCUAUUCUUCAAUGUAAAAAUAUUUCAAUAUACUAGUGAUUUCAAGACACUAAGUAUUUCAAAGUAAUUGCUGAAAUUGGAUGAUUUCUUGGGUUAGUAGCACUUCAUUGUAAUGAACUUGUAAUACAAAAUAUCGUGCACAUUUAAGAGAUAUGUAUCUGUAAGAAAUUUAGAUACCCCACCAUCAGUAGCAGGUGUUGCUGGAUAGCUGUGAUUGAAAAUUUGUGCCAGCCCUAUCACCAUUGACACAUUUCAUAAUUCACUGUCAGGAUGAUUUUGAAUAUUGUAAAGAUAAAUUCCCAGUGAAAAGGGGGCAUGCAUUGCUACCUGAAUGUGUUAUCAAUAAGCAGGUCGAUAGAGUUCAUGGAUGCUUCAAGGUUUUAGUAGCAUUUGAAUAGGCAACACAAGGUAAUGCAAACAAUGCAAGUGUUCACAUGCACUUUCUGACAGCCACUGGCAUUAUUGGUCGGCUUGGAUGUAGCGAGCAUAACAGCUUGACGCAUGCUAUCUACACUUUGAAGAAAACACACUGCCGCUUGUUUCAUAUGUGACAGUCGGUGUGCAGUUAAGAAUCGGCAUGGCAUGAUUGCUGUCGUCGUGCACCGUGGCAUUCUAUCCCACUGCAGAUGGAAUAUGCCAGAAGCUGCGCAAUGCGAUGACACUGCUGGUUUGAUGCAUGGACAUACAGUCGGGCACAUGUGCGUCUGGUGUUCAGAUACCGAGCUGUGUCUGCCCCAAGUGUAGAUGACGUCACAUAAAUGUACAUUCUCACUCUUAUUUUGAGGUGACCUUGUCAUCUGAUUAACUAAACAUAUUUGUGGAUGUGCUGCUGCUUUUAUGUGUUGGCGGUUCCUCUUGUUCAAGUUAGUUUCUGAUGCCAAUUUGCGUAUUUUUGAUUGAAUACAGGGAUGCAACAGCUGCGCCAAUUGCGCCAUUUUGAUACAAUUUCAUUUUUCUUCGCCGAGCUGCGCCAAAACGCCCCCGGUAAAAGCAAAACUUUUCGGUUGCGCUAGUUUUAGCCUCGUUUUAACGCAAAACGAAGCCCGUAUUGGCGACCUAAUGUUGAAAGAAGCACCAGAGGCACUUUCAUCCAAUCCAAUUCGACCCAGUGGCGCUUGACUCAAACAGGACGUUAAUCUGUUCCGGUGUGUUUGCUGGUGGGCCGGUGGGCGUAAAUGAAGUUUUUACUGCUGGUUCAAACGCUGCUUUACAGGGUCAUUCAGCAUGAGCAAAGGUGAACGCCCAUUUAUGUGGAAGCACCGCAUAAAGAAAGUUAACUGACAAACGAGCCGUUUAACACGUGCUGCAAAUCUUAGUGGGGAUGUCGUUAUUGUUUGGUGGAAUCCGGUUCAACGUUGCCUUUGUUCAAAUAGCAGUACUCACGUGCACGAAUUCGCGGGUUGUAUACGGUAAAGUCUUUUUAAAUCUACUGACGAGUAAUGAACUGCAGUAGGGUACGGAUUUGGGCUGGUUGGUGCAUGACUUCAAGUAGAAAACAGCGCUACGAGACGGGACAAAGAAAGGGCACAAACACGGCGCUGACUAUCAACCAAAUGUGCUUUAUUCCAUCAGUCCGCAUGUUUAUACUCCACCAUAGUCAUGGUGGAGUAUAAAUAUGCGGACUGGUGGAAUAAAAGCACAUUUGGUUGAUAGGAGUAUAAAUAUGCGGACUGGUGGAAUAAAAGCACAUUUGGUUGAUAGUCAGCGCCGUGUUUGUGCCCUUUCUUUGUCCCGUCUCGUAGCGCUGUUUUCUACUUGAUGACGAGUAAAGUUUUGCUUAGAGAAGUACUACACGCGAAAACACUGACCGCCUUAGCCGAAAGAGUUCAUCAAGGUACUUGCUCCCCCCCGGUCGCGGUGAGGCCGACACCACAAUGUGCCGAAAAAGGCCUUCCGUUUUUUUGGAAAUGUGGACAUUGGUCGACUAAUCAUUUAGACGGCGACGCGAGUGCGGUCACCGCUUUCCUGGUGCGAAUGCUUCAUGGCAGAUACCAACGAGCACGUCAGUACAAGUUAUCGCCAGCAACCUUAUCGCAAUCAGGAUCUUUAUAUCUGCUCAGUAGCACGUGCGGCAUAGCGCUAUUGGUACUAUACUGUUAAUAUAUUGCACGCAUAAUAUAGGCGACGAACCCAAGUAUGCCGUUGGCUGACGCCACCUGAGCGGAAACGCAGAUUGCGUGUCACUUGCAGAAACGAAAGCAGCUCACCAUUGUUAACCCAAUGAAAUCUUUGCCGUAUCCCUACAUGCGGUCACGAGCGGAGCGGGUAGGAAUACUCCUCGGGAAAAGCUGUCGUACGGUAGAGCACGCGUCCGACCCGUGAGUGAUGGUGUCAGCUUUGUUGGAGACGCGCUGCACGAAACUAGGAAGGGUUCGGCUCUACGCGGCGACAGGCACUGCGUUCAAUGAAACGAUGCCGACUUUCGCUGUGCAUAGCUCCCUCCCUCCCUCCCUCCCUCCCUUUCUCUCUCUCUCUCUCUCUCUCUCUCUC